CCAACCGCACGGAUAAGCAAGUUCACAUAUAAUUUAAUUCAAUAUACUGUCUGGAAACAACUUUCCUGAUCAUUAAUUUCUGCCUGACAUAAGAAUUCAUUGCAAAUUCAACAUCGGGGCUUCAGGCUAAUCACAUCAUUGCAUGGUUCCAUAACCAAUGUGAAAGCCUAUAUCAAAAUGAUUGCCAUCGGUUACGUUUAAUUGUGGCGAGACGGAGUUCUAUCUCAUAUGUAGUACACUACUUUUGACUGCGUUGAACUAGAUAGGGAAUUGGGUGUCGUUUUAAGACGUAUUUCCUCAGGAUCAAGGGGCGCUGUGCUGCUGUUUAUUCUUGCUCUGGCUUUGCGGCCUUUUCUGUUGCCUGGAAAAGCCCUCUCACAAGGUUAUGAAAUGAGUGUCAUUUUGACUUAACCGUGGAGGUCGUUUUUUAAUACCGGACUCAGUCACUAUUCGGAUGGGUUGAGCCAAGAUGUCGUGCUUUUUACUGCUGUCGCAGCUCCGGUAACCGUUCCUCAUGUUAACCCUUGGGGGAGGAGGGAUUCUUGAGUGCUGUCGCACAACUAUUACUUUCCGACUUCUGCUGUUCGAGUCUGGCAACAACAGAACUGGAAGUGGUUGUGGGUUUUGGUUUUCACGGCGAGACUUGUAAAAUCUCAUUUUUUAAAGGCGAUCGUUGUAAAUGAUCUCUCUGCGUGUGUGUGUGUGAGAGAGAGAAUGAGGGAUACCAACGGGAGGAUUUCGUGGCACUACUCGGGAUGAUGGGAAUUCCACCGGUAUGGGCGCUUGGCGCUGGCCAGACUGGAUGAGGAAGUGAGGCUGAGAGAGAGGUCUGCAGAGAGACAACGGCUACCUGGGACUGCGGCAGGAAGAGGACCUUUGGGCAGAGGAGAGAGAGAGAGGUCUGCAGAGAGACAACGGCUACCUGGGACUGCGGCAGGAGAGGACCUUUGGGCAGGUUCCUGCAGCGUGUGUCAGGGUGGAGUUACCUGACCCAUGGAGAAUUACUUCCAGACAGAGGCCUUCAACCUGGACAAGGUGCUGGAUGACUUUGAACAGAACCAAGAUGAUGAGACAGACAGUCCCACUCUGUCGGAUGCUAAGUGGAGUCAGAUCCUGGCCCCUCCGACCCACUUCCUGUCUCUGAACCCUGCUCUGGCUUUGACCCCUGACCCCAGGGACGGGGACAGUCCCCUCCCCUUCAAGACCCUUCCAACCCUCGACCCGUCCUCUAACGACUUCCAGGGGCCUGACUCCAAACGCCACCCCGCUGCCAAGCCUCCUUCCUGGGGAGAGGAGAGGCCAGGCCGCACUGCGGACGUCCACAGCCCUCCGCUCCCCCAACCCAACAUCGGCAAGCUGGUGGGGGGUGAGGAGGGCUUGUCUCCCCCUGUGCUGGCUUCCUCUAGCCCCCCUCCUUACCACCACCACCACCUGGCCCUGGAGAACGGCUUCACCUCUAUCAGCUCCUCUUGUCCUGCUCUCAACGGGCUCAGUGAGGAACCCUGCAAGGGGAACCAAACAAGGGUGACCCCUUCAAACCACCAGCCGCCUGCCCCCUCUGACCCACGUCCUGAUGUCCCUCUGGAGGGUAGGGAGGGGGAGAGGAGUGGUGGAAGCUCUCACAUUAGUCAUUCACACUUUACCUAUGAGGAGAGCCUGGGAGGGGACAGACAGGUGGCAGACAGACAGGUGGCAGACAGACAGGUGGCAGUAGAUGAGUCUAACCCCUGUCUGGAGACAGAGAGCACUUGGGUUGCGUCACCCAUACAGGAGAGGGACAGAGAGGAGGCUGACAUGGCUGGGGGACAGUCACAGGACACUGGGGGGAGAGGACAGAAUGGAGGAUGGAGAGGGGGAAGACCGGGAGAAGACUCUGGGGGGAACGUACAGAAUGGAGGGGUGAUGGAAGAACUGAGAGGGGGGAGAAAAGAGUGUAGGAAGUCUUCUCAGAAGGAGAAGAGGUUGAACGGAGAGCUGGACAAGAGUGGGGGUCAGAAUGGAGAAGUGGCUCUCACCAACGGCCUGGCUACUGCAGGGGAAGAAGAAGAGAGAGGGUCUCUCACACCUCCCCCCUCCAAGGAGGACUCUGUAACAGAGGAGAAGGAGAUGGAGGAGAGCAAGCAAGAGCACGAAGGAGGAGGAGAAAGAGGUGGUAGCUCUUUACCCAAGAAACUGAACAACAGUUGUUUGCAGCCGGUGAGCUUGCCGUUCGGCGGUGCACGUCCUAAACAGCCGGUCAGUCUCAAACUCCAGAUCCCCCGGCCCCUAUACGAACAGGUCCAGAACCAGCUAGCGCCUUCUGCUAACACCGCCGGCAGCGUUACUGGUGGCGGAAAGAACAAGAACCUUGAGAACCGUGGCGGUGCCGGAACCAUGGAUACGUCAACUGUACUUGCCUCGGGCGACCCUGGUGGUGGUGGCGGUGUUGUGAAGGGGGAGGUGCUAACCGGGGAGUCUCCGUCAUCAUCGUCGGGCCUGGUGGAGGUGUCAGAGAGCAGCCCGGAUAAUGACUUCCAGGCAGGGCAGCAUCACCAGGGGGCUCUGCCCAGGAAACAGCUCUCCUCCCUGGGGGAUGUAGCCCCCGUGUGGGUCCCUGACUCCCAGGCUCCAGUCUGUAUGAAGUGCGAGGUCCGCUUCACCUUCACAAAGAGGAGGCAUCACUGCAGGGCCUGUGGAAAGGUGUUCUGUGCUGCCUGCUGCAGCCUGAGGAGCAGACUGAUUUACAUGGACAGGAAGGAGGCCAGAGUCUGUAUCACCUGUCACUCUGCCCUACUGAGUGCUCAUUCGAGAGAGGGUAUGUGUGACAUGUCUAACCAGAGUCCUAACUCCAACAACCCAGCAGAGUACUGCAGUACCAUCCCACCUCUGCAGCAGAUCCAAUCCUCAGGGACGCUGAGCUCCCUUCCCCCCACUGUCAUGGUCCCUGUGGGAGUUCCUAAAACACCCGGCUCAGAGGGGUCUCUCACGCGGGAGCAGAGGAGGGUGUGUUUUGCAGACGGGAUCCUACCCAAUGGGGAAGCAGCGGAAUCCCCCAAGCCCCCUGCUACCAGCCCCGCUCCCUCACGUCCAUUGGCCAUCUCGCAGUGUUCCAACAAAUCCUCCACUGCUGAUUCGUCAGAGGCAUUGUCCCCGGCCCCUGCAGCCCCAGUGGGAAGCCCUGUAGGCAGCUACAUCAGUCUAAUUCCGGAGGACGGACUUCCUCCCAUCCUCAUCUCCACCGGGGUUAAAGGAGGUACGGGAGGCCACACCACAGACUAUGCGGUGGAGGAGCAUCCCUCUGAGAUGGUUCUGAUACAGCAGCUGGAGGAGGGAGGUCCUGACCCCUUGGUGUUUGUGCUCAACGCUAACCUGCUGGCUAUGGUCAAACUGGUCAACUACGUAAACAGGAAGUGUUGGUAUGUGACCAGUAAGGGGAUGCAUGCAGUGGGCCAGGCUGAGGUGGUGGUGCUGCUGCAGUGUCUGCCUGAUGAGAAGAGCAUCCCCAAAGACCUCUUCAGCCACUUCGUACAGCUCUACCAGGAGGCCCUCACAGGUAAUGUCCUGACCCACCUGGGCCAUUCGUUCUUCACCCAGAGUUUCCUGGGAAGCAGGGAGCAUGGAGGGUUCCUCUACGUCUCCCCGUCUUUCCAGUCCCUCCAGGACCUGAUGCUCCCCAACCCCCCCUACCUGUUUGGGGUGUUGCUGCAGAAGUGGGAGACCCCCUGGGCCAAGGUGUUCCCCCUCCGACUCAUGUUCCGGCUGGGUGCAGAGUACAGAUUCUACCCCUGCCCUCUGUUCAGUGUGCGGUUUAGAAAACCCCUCUUCGGAGAGACCGGCCACACCAUCAUGAACCUGCUAGCAGACUUCCGUAACUACCAGUACACGUUGUCCAUGGUGAAGGGUCUGGUGGUGGACAUGGAGGUGAAGAAGACCUGCAUCAAGAUCCCCAGCAACCGAUACAACGAGCUAAUGAAGGCUAUGAACAAGUCCAAUGAGCACGUCUUGGCCAUGGGGGCGUGUUUCAACGAGCGGGCCGACUCCCACCUGGUGUGUGUACAGAACGAUGAUGGAAACUACCAGACACAGGCCAUCAGCAUUCACCAUCAACCACGCAAAGUGACCGGCGCCUGCUUCUUCGUGUUCAGUGGUUCUCUCAAGGCAGGACACCUGGCCAAGACCAGCAUCGUUGAAGACGGUGUGAUGGUGCAGAUCACAGGAGAGACUAUGGACGCUCUACGGCAAGCCCUGAGGGACAUGAAGGACUUCAGUAUCACCUGUGGCCUGGUCGACCAGGAGGACAGACAGGAACAUGUUCACAUACAGUGGAUAGAAGAUGACAUCAACUUCAACAAGGGGGUGAUCAGUCCUAUCGAUGGGAAGUCUAUGGAGUCCAUCACUAGUGUGAAGAUCUUCCAAGGGUCGGAGUUCAAGGCCAACGGGAAGGUCAUCCGCUGGACAGAGGUGUUCUACCUCCAGAGUGAUGACCAGGCUCAGCCCAACGGUCUGAGUGACCCUGCUGAUCACAGCCGUUUGACGGAGAACGUAGCGAGGGCGUUCUGUGUGGCGUUGUGCCCUCACCUGAAACUGUUGAAGGAGGAUGGCAUGGCCAAGCUGAGCCUACGCGUCACCCUCGACUCAGAGCAGGUGGGUUACCUGGCGGGCAGUAAUGGCCAGCCUCUCCUCCCCCGUUACCUGAGCGACCUGGACAGUACCCUGAUCCCUGUCAUCCACAGCGGGGCAUGUCAACUCAGUGAGGGCCCUGUCAUCAUGGAGCUGGUUUUCUACAUCCUGGAGAUUAUCUCCUAGGAGACGGAUGCAACGGACCCCCCCCCUCCCGUCUCCUGGUUCUCCCUUUCUCUCUGCCACCACCUCUUUUUUCCCCCUCCCAUUCUGCCUCGCCUCCCAUCCCUUCAGAGGAGCUGAAAACUGAGUAGGGCAGCUAGCUAAUGUUACUGUCCCUUCACCAGACGGACAGCUAGCUCUGCUGGUUAGCUACCAGCUAGCUAAUGUUGCUAUCCCUUCACCAGACGGACAGCUAGCUCUGCUGGUUGGCUACCAGCUAGCUAAUGUUGCUAUCCCUUCACCAGACGGACAGCUAGCUCUGCUGGUUGGCUACCAGCUAGCUAAUGUUGCUAUUCCUUCACCAGACAGACCGCUAGCUCUGCUGGUUAGAUACCAGCUAGCUAAUGUUGCUAUCCCUUCACCAGACGGACAGCUAGCUCUGCUGGUUGGCUACCAGCUAGCUAAUGUUGCUAUCCCUUCACCAGACGGACAGCUAGCUCUGCUGGUUGGCUACCAGCUAGCUAAUGUUGCUAUCCCUUCACCAGACGGACAGCUAGCUCUGCUGGUUACCUACCAGCUAGCUAAUGUUGCUAUUCCUUCACCAGACAGACCGCUAGCUCUGCUGGUUAGAUACCAGCUAGCUAAUGUUGCUAUCCCUUCACCAGACGGACAGCUAGCUCUGCUGGUUGGCUACCAGUUAGCUAAUGUUGCUAUUCCUUCACCAGACAGACCGCUAGCUCUGCUGGUUGGCUACCAGCUAGCUAAUGUUGCUAUCCCUUCACCAGACGGACAGCUAGCUCUGCUGGUUGGCUACCAGCUAGCUAAUGUUGCUAUCCCUUCACCAGACGGACAGCUAGCUCUGCUGGUUAGCUACCAGUUAGCUAAUGUUGCUAUCCCUUCACCAGACGGACAGUUAGCUCUGAUGCUUAGCUACCAGCUAGCUAGCGUCCCUCCACUCCACCUAUGCACUAUCUCUUCUCUGUCCUUGGACCAGAUCACAUGAUCCAGGAAGUCUGAGUAGCAUUCCAGUUCCACUGUGGUAGCUAGAGGACAAAGCAGAAGCACUGCACUCUGGGAAAUGUAUUCUCUGAAGGCCUUGUUGUAGCAUGGGGUGCUCUGAGGACCUGAUGGAGAGGUGUCCAGAGCUCUGCCUGAUGAAACGGCGCAUCGAUCUCCGCUGACAGGGACUUCACGCGGUCCGGUGAGCUAGGAAGAUUAAAGAAACUCAUAAGUGGAGAGAGAGAGGAAGCAUCCUCCUGUUGAUGCGGUUUCAUUUGCACCCCGGUGCUCAGUGUCAGUGCCUGCAGGCACAACUCUUCACAGAGGAAGGAAGGGUUUAAGGAAUGAUUGAAGGAAGGAUGCACUCUCCUCGGGUCUUAAGUCUGGCCUCUUUUAGCUUUAUCCAAUGAUCACCAGAUUCUUUAUUUCCUGACGCGGACCGACUACAGUUUGUUUGCUCUAGGUGUGUUGUUGGAAUGUUUUCUAGGCAGCACAAUUGUAGUAGUCUCACUAGAUCCUCCUGUAGCAGCCCAGCCCAGGACUGCCCACUGCUGUGUGAAUAAGGACCUAAACAGAUUUGUAUGAAUAAUGUAGAUCUGUUCUUGAGGAUGAGAAACUGUAAGGUCUUAUUUUUGAUCUGUCAAUAUGAUUUUUGUCGAUUUAAAUUUGGCAGAACAAGCCCCCCCCCCCCCCCAAUAGACAUGCUGACAUUUUGUAUCAGAAGUUGUGUGUAAACAAACAUCAAUAUAUUAUUAAGUACGUGAGACAUGACCAUUGUGGUUUUGUUGGUAUAAAACAAUAUGCCUACGAUAUGAACGAGCAGUGCUACGCUAGAUAGACAAGUCUCAUCUGUAAACUCAGACAAUCACGGCAUGAAUAUCUGCAGGAGAUGACAAACAUCAUUUAAGGUAUACGUUUGCAUACCAUAUGUAUUAAAGAUAGUCAUUUGAUUGUGACGAUAAAAUAAAUGUGGUUGGCAGACCGUAUUGAGGACGUAGUAUAAUGAGGACAAUGAAUAAACAAACUGCUAUGGACAAAUUACAUUUAAAAUGGUUAUUGAUGGAGGGUUUCAUUCCUCCUGGGUCGUGUUCAUUCGGCACCAAACGGAAGAAAACAGACUGUGACAGGAAGGGACUAACUGAACUACCUGUCCAAUGAGGAACACUUGUUUUCAUUUUCCACUGCAAAACGUUUUGCGAUAAUUUAAUACGGCGUUGGAGGUGUCUUUUGCAAAAUUAUUUUCUGUAACAUGCCCUAAUGAACAGUACCCAGUUUUCUGGAGAGGGGGACGAUCAUUGUCAUUGUGUGUGUCAGUGCAACUUCAAUAGGAAACAUUUUAAAGAUUCUUUUGGUCCCAAGAUUUUCCAUGGAUGUAUUGGAACCUUAGGAAACGGCGCGGGACCUACCUAAAAUGGUCCAAUAGAAACUCUCUUGUUAUGACCAAUCAUUUUCCGUUUGCUUACGGUGUACACUAGUGAACACACCCUUUGACUCCCCUCCCUCCCUUGGCAUUACUUCAGGUGUGCAUUACCUGAAUGUGUAAUUGUUUUGUUUUUCUUGAUGGUAUCAUUUUGUUAUUGAAUUAAACCGACUUCUACCAGAACUCUCUACUGCAUGUAUACAGAAACCAACUCAACAAGCUCGCAAUGGUGACGAGAACAAACCAACUUGUUUGCAGACAAUAUUCUGCCGUCGUGUGGAUUGAGUCCAACACAAAAACAUCCAUUGGAUCAGCCUUGAACAUGGCUGGAUUUUCAGAAAAUCCUGUAUUCUUCUUAAUUUUAACAUUUUGACAUCAUCAAUCCCCAAAAAAUACAUCUGUAUGAAAAGCCAAAAACCUUGUACAUCUUACUGUUCACUACAAAUGUCUAAACCAGUCUAUAAAACUGUAGUAUAAUAAAAUAUCAAAUGUAUAUAAAAGUUAAAA